GCUGCUGCUCUUCAGCUUCUCUCAGUAAGAAAGCCAAAGCUCAGAAAACUCCAACCUCUCUCUCUCGCUCCUUCAAAACCAGCCCAUGAAAAUCUAGGUUUGAUCAGACACCAAAAAUCAAAUAAAAACCCUAGCAAUGGCGGCUUCUUUAGCUGCCUCUUCCCCUCGUCUGCCAGACAUUGUAUUCCUCCGCCCGUGCCCCGGCCCGAGACUCCUCCGAAUCCCCGCUGUCAGAUUCUAUUCUCCGAGUCGACGGUGCAGAUCAACCUUUCGGACCUUCAUCAAAGCAGAGUCCACAGAGAAUCCGACUGCAGUUGUGGAAGUGCUGGAAGAAGCAGAGGACGGAACAAAAGGACCGAAUGCUUAUAAUUGGAACGGAAACGGAAGUAGCUACGGUUAUAACGGAUCGUUAGAGGGAUCUAACGGCAGUCUUAAGGGGGUUUUGAACGGAAAUGGAGCGAGUAAUGGGAGUUUAAUGAAGUAUGUUAACGGGAAUGGGGCAAGGGUGAAUGCGGCAGAUGAGGUUUCGACGGAGAAAUCAGAGAAGAAGCAGAAAAAGACAGUGGAGGAAAUUGGGCAGGAAGAAGCUUGGUUUAAACAAGGGGGAAAGGAAAAGAUUGAGGUUUCUGUUACUCCUGGGGGGCGCUGGAACAGAUUCAAAACCUAUUCGACAGUACAAAGGACUAUGGAGAUAUGGGGAUUUGUUCUAACUUUUCUUUUUAAAGCAUGGUUGAACAACCAGAAGUUCUCUUAUCGAGGAGGAAUGACCGAAGAGAAAAAGGUUCUAAGGCGGAAAGCUCUAGCCAAGUGGUUAAAGGAAAGUAUUUUGAGAUUAGGACCGACCUUCAUCAAAAUUGGACAGCAGUUCUCGACAAGGGUGGACAUUCUUGCUCAAGAAUAUGUUGAUCAAUUGUCCGAACUUCAGGAUCAAGUUCCUCCAUUCCCAUCAGAGACUGCAGUGGGUAUAAUUGAAGAAGAACUUGGAGCCCCCUUGGAUGGUAUUUUUGAUCGAUUUGACUAUGAGCCUAUAGCUGCUGCUAGUCUUGGUCAGGUGCAUCGUGCAAGAUUGAAGGGUGAGGAGGUUGUUAUUAAAGUACAGAGACCUGGUCUUAAGGAUCUUUUUGACAUUGAUCUGAAGAACCUUAGGGUUAUAGCUGAAUAUCUUCAAAAGGUUGACCCUAAGUCAGAUGGUGCAAAGAGGGACUGGGUUGCAAUUUACGACGAGUGUGCAACUGUCCUAUACCAGGAGAUUGAUUAUACCAAAGAAGCUGCUAAUGCAGAAUUAUUUGCAAGCAACUUCAAAGACAUGGAUUAUGUAAAAGUUCCGAGAAUAUACUGGGAGUACACUACACCACAGGUUCUGACAAUGGAGUAUGUCCCAGGGAUAAAAAUAAACAGAAUAAGAGCGUUAGAUCAGUUGGGUGUUGAUCGCCAAAGGUUGGGACGAUAUGCUGUCGAGUCUUACUUGGAACAGAUUUUAUCUCAUGGCUUUUUCCAUGCCGACCCUCAUCCUGGCAAUAUUGCUGUAGAUGAUGUGAAUGGAGGAAGGCUCAUCUUUUAUGAUUUUGGAAUGAUGGGAAGUAUCAGUCAAAAUAUUAGGGAGGGCUUGCUUGAAACCUUCUAUGGAGUUUAUGAGAAGGAUCCAGACAAGGUGCUCCAAGCCAUGAUUCAGAUGGGUGUUCUUGUGCCUACUGGAGAUAUGACGGCAGUCAGAAGGACAGCUCAGUUCUUUCUCAAUAGCUUUGAAGAGCGCCUUGCAGCCCAAAGAAAAGAGCGAGAGAUAGCUACAGCUGAACUUGGAUUCAAAAAACCACUCAGCAGGGCGGAAAGAAUUGAAAAAAAGAAACAACGCCUAGCUGCAAUUGGAGAAGAUCUAUUGGCCAUUGCUGCCGAUCAACCUUUCCGUUUCCCUGCCACUUUCACAUUUGUUGUUAGAGCCUUUUCAGUAUUAGAUGGUAUAGGGAAGGGCCUCGACCCUCGAUUUGACAUUACGGAGAUUUCCAAACCCUAUGCAAUGGAAUUGCUAAGGUUUCAUGAAGCAGGAUUUGAAGUAAUUGUGAAGGACUUCAAAGAAGAGAUGGGAACGACAAUCCCGUGCAUUCUAUAACAUAUUUAGAUAGGCUGAUAGAGUUGAAAAGCUGGCUGAAAUUAUUCAACGAUUGGAGCAAGGUGAUCUGAAGCUUCGAGUGCGAACACUGGAAUCUGAGAGGGCUUUCAAAUGGGUUGCAGCUGUUCAAAAGACAGUUGGAAGUGCGGUAGCUGCAGGAAGCCUAAUAAACCUUGCUACAGUUUUGUACCUAAAUUCUAUUCGCGUCCCUGCUAUUGCUGCAUACACAAUAUGUGCAUUUUUCAGCGCACAAGUUCUCUUUGGUAUUCUCAAAGUUAAAAAAUUAGAUGAACAGGAAAGACUGAUAACAGGCACUGCUUGAACAGCUGGACUAUUGUACAGUCACCGCAUACGCAAAGAUGAUAGAGACUUCAUUUUUUUUCUUUGUGCCUGGUGUUGCCACUUUCAACUUCAACUGUGAUUCUAGCCAUUCUCGGAUGCAGAGUUACAAUUUCUACUGCCCGCUUCUUCUUCGCCUUACCCUUGUGAGGUUCAUUGAUGGCCACAGUAGUCAAAUCUUUGGUAGUGUGCCUUUGUGCUGCCACCUCCAAAUGGUGCAUUAGAUUUAUUCAGAGAUCAUCGAUGUAAUCUUGAUUAUGUGGCCUUUCAUCGAGGUGUUUGUCGGCAUAUGAUAUGCCUCCAAUUGCAUCAAGGACUCAGCCUCAAAGUGGAUACGUCUGCAAACUUCUCUACGAAGGUAUCCGUUAAUGCUUCAGCAAUACCCAUCUUCCUAAAUGAUCCAAUGAGAUCAUUGUACAUGUUGCUAAGAGUGGUUUACCUAGCCAAAGUGCCGUUUCGUGCUCACGUAUUAUAAGUGGCCAUAGCACACAUACCUCAUCACCCUCAGCUGGUUUCACCAUCACAAGAGUCAAAACAUGAUGAAUGUUUUGUUCAAAGAGCAAGAAUCUCAUGUUAUGCUUCCAUUUUGGAAAUUUGUGCCAUUUAAUUUUCACAUAUGCAAAAAUCCUCGAAAAUAGAAGUCAUCUUUACAAGUGCAUAAUAAUUUAAAAAGAUUUUAUCA